GUCUGUCUCGCGGUGUUUUAUAAGUAGUUCUCCACGCCACCCUUCACCGUCACCCUCUCUGUAAUGCCUGACCUGCGGCCGACUCCCCCCAAUUUCCACCAAAACCAUGCUCACAGCACGUAAGCUCAUGUUGUGAACACACGCGGACCUCUGUAUAUAAAAUAUAAACACUCUUUUCUCUUCUCUUCGUGCUCUUUCCUUCCCUUCAUGCAGCAGCAGCAAUGGGUAAUCUCUGCGCCAGCUUCGAGAGAAAACCAGUACCGGCGAAGCAAAGGUCUCCACAGCAUUCUUCGAACGUUCAACAGGGUCUGAAAUCCAGCAGGCGCUCGAGCCGGAUCCGACCGUCCCGAAGCAAAUCUGAUGAUUCUAUGCUUCAAGAGCAUGCUUUAGCUACUGCGAUCCUUUUCGGGCAACACCAGCUGGAUGGUGGUGCGUCGUUUCCGUUCAAUCGGUCAGUUCCGAAUUCUCCCUGGCCCAAGAAGGGGCAGUACUUGCCCAGCAGCUCAAGUUCGAGAGCCUGGUCGCCGGCUGACCCGCUCUUUCAGCCCCACCAGCUUGUUAAUCAGGAGAUAAAGCAUGAUGACUUGGAAACAAACCAUUUUGUCCUUGUCCAUGGAGGAGGAUUUGGUGCUUGGUGUUGGUAUAAAACAAUUGCGCUUCUAGAAGAAGGUGGUUUUAAAGUCACUGCAAUUGACUUAACUGGUUCUGGCAUUCAUUCUUUUGAUCCAAAUGGCAUUACCAGUCUUGCACAGUAUGUCAAGCCACUAACUGAUUUUCUCGAAAAACAUGCUGAUGGGGAGAAGGUGAUCUUGGUUGGGCAUGAUUUUGGUGGCACGUGCAUAUCAUAUGCAAUGGAGUUGUUUCCUUCUAGAAUUGCCAAGGCUGUUUUUAUUGCUGCAACAAUGGUGACCAAUGGACAGAGUACUUUGGAUAUGUUCUCCCAGCAGGCAGGUUCAAUUGAUCUGAUGCAGCGGGCUAGAAACUUUUUGUAUGCUAAUGGGAGCGAUCACCCACCAACUGCUGUUGAACUAGACAAGUCAUUAUCAGGGGACUUGUUAUUCAAUGAAAGCCCUUGCAAGGAUGUUGCAUUAGCUUCUGUUUUGAUGAGGCAAAUACCUUUUGCACCAGUUUUGGAAAAGCUGUCACUUUCUGAAAUGAAAUAUGGAUCUGUGAGGCGGUUUUAUAUGGAAACUCUUCAAGAUAACGCCAUUCCCAUCACACUGCAGGAGAGCAUGAUAAACUCAAACCCUCCAGAGAAGGUAUUCUGUCUCAAAGGUGCAGACCACUCACCAUUUUUCUCGAAGCCUCAAUCCCUACACAAAUUAUUGGUAGAUAUUUCAAAGAUCCCUUCAACUUGAAAGACUCUAGUCUUACAAGAAUUUCAGUUACAUGUUAAACCUUAGACAUUAUAGGUUUCGUGCAUCAGAGAAUGAGUUUGUUCAUAUAUUUUUCAUGUAGUUGUUGAGUCUCUUUUGUAAUUUGUCUUAUUUUUUUGUUUUACUGUCAUGGUCCAUUGAUCUUUACAUUUCGUACUUCUAGAUCUUACGCCUAAUUUUGUCUAAUAAAUAUUAGGUUCAAUA